ACUCACGUCAACUAUGAAAGACGCUUUUUUCACAACUUCCACCACAAAGAAAAGAAAACGAUCUAACGGUAUCAAUAAUAACAAUUCUUCUUCUACUUUACCCAAACGAUCUACUUCUAGAUCCAACGACUCUAACAAAGGAUACCGUUUACAGUCCAAGACAAGUAACAACAAGGACGAAGACAAGGACGACGACGAAGAUGCAUCUCUUGAAAAUGGUCCUAGCAAUAUCGACGAAUUAGAUCUAGAAGCUAGUGAUGUUGAAUCAUCAGAAGAAGAACUGGAAGAAACUGCAGCUGAAAAACGGGUACGACUGGCUAAAGCAUAUUUGGACAAGAUUCAAGACGAUCUAGCGGAGGAUUUCGCUGGCGGAUUCGAUGCUGCUGAUCUAGAUCGAGAUUUGAUCGCUGAACGAUUAAGACACGAUGAUGAUGAAGCAGCUGGUAAAUUACAUCGACGUGUUGCCGAUCGAUUCGAUUAUACAGCAUUGAAUGAAUUAUCUAUUCCAUUACGACGUGGACAUCAAUUAUCAGUAACGGCAGUGGCACUUACUGAUAAUGGAUUAUACUUUUACUCUGGUUCCAAGGAUGGAUCUAUUAUUAAAUGGGAUGCAAAAACAUUAAACAAGUUACAUGUGUUUCCAGGUGGACGUAAAGGUGUUAAGAACUUUUUAGGUCAUACGGAUCAUGUUUACUGCUUAGCAACAAGUUCAGAUAAUCAAUAUUUAGCAAGUGGUGGAAAGGAUAAGAUUAUCAAUAUUUGGUCUAUCAAGGAAGACAAACAUAUUGCUACUUUCACUCAACAUCGUGAUGCUGUUUCGGGUGUGGUUUUCCGCAAAGGUCACAAUCAAUUAUAUUCAGUCUCUCACGACAGAACAGUCAAAGUAUGGAAUAUUGAUGAAAAGUCAUACGUUGAAACUUUAUUUGGACAUCAAGAUCAAAUCACAGCUAUCGAUACCCUUGGUCGCGAACGAUGUGUGUCUACAGGUGGACGGGACAAGACAACUCGAUUGUGGAAGAUUGUAGAAGAAUCACAAUUAGUAUAUCGAGGUGGUGUAUCAACAAAGAAUAAGGAUGGAAGCAACAGGCCUUUGUACGUGGAAGGAUCUUUGGAUUGUCUUGCUCAAAUCGAUGAAAGCACAUUUGUUACCGGUGGCGAUAGUGGCGUCAUUUCUCUAUGGGACAUUAAUCGUAAAAAACCAGUCUUCACCUCUAAUCAAUCACAUGGCAUUCAAACCUAUGAAAAUCUCGACGAUCAUCAAACCAUCGAUACUCCCUUUUGGAUCACAGCUAUUGCCAGUUUGCAUUAUGCUGAUUUGUUUGUUUCUGGCUCUUGGGAUGGUUUUAUACGGUUUUGGAAAAUCGCGGCAGAUAACAAAUCAUUUACUCAAGUAGGUCAACUCGCGGUGAAAGGUGUUGUCAAUAGUUUACAAAUCAAAACCAUCUCGCCUGGAAAUCGCACAGUUCUGGUCAUUGGUCUGGGUCAAGAAUUACGAUUAGGUAGAUGGCUACGAUUGAAGAAGGAUGUCAAGAAUGGAUCCAAAAUAGUAGAAUUACCAUUCCUCUCCAAGAACUAGAUUUAUUUUGAUUUACAUAGUUAGAUUCUUUUUCCUUUUAUUAUAUUCAUAUAUACACACACACAAAAGCACAUUCAUUUUUAUUUACAUAGUUCCAAUUCCACAAGACACCAAUUAUCAUAUAGUACUAUUAUUCCUUUGAUUCUUCAGCAUCCUCUUUUUUUUUUUCAACAUUGUAUUAUCAAAUAAAACUUUGCAACAACAACUAUUACAUACAAAUAAAAAAG